CGCGACGUGAACGCAGUAGAGGAGCAGCUGCCUCACACAUAAAAAAGCCAGGAUGUCAGGGAUGGACAUCCCACUGGUGGACCACAACGAGACCGUAAUCUCUCCAAUAGACAACGGGACCUUCCUUCGUUUCUCCCCAACCUCUGCUUCCACAUCCGCGGCUGCCUCGUCACCAGGACGACAGGGCAAUGUUUAUGUUUACGUGUGGCUCUUCCUCGGCCUGCUGGCGUUCCUGCUGACGCUGCUCAUCAUCUCCCUCCACAGGCUGAAGAACAUCAUCUCCUCCUCCUCCUCGGUCCCUGACUGCAGCAGCGAGGGAGGGAGCUCCUUCACCAACAUGGAGAUCUGUAGCAUCUCGUCUCAGAGGUCCACCAUCUCCUCACUGUCCACCUGA